GCAUUUUAUGGGCUGCUAUAGGCGCCCAUAGUGUGCUGUGCUGUGCUGUGCUGUGCUGUACUGUAGUAGCUCGUCUGCACAGAGCUGGGCUUGGAGACAGACCCCUCCUUCUUUUCCUCGUUUAUCCGUCUCCGUGUCUUCUCUCCUCCUUCUCCUUCCCCCGUGUCCAUCCUUCUCCCAUCGGAUCCAACCUGUCACCAUCUCGCUGUGAGCUGAGAUUUAUCAAAAUAACUCGUCUGAGCGUGUCAAUUGACCUGCCCUGAGCCAUGUCCUCGUCCACCGCCCCCAAAGGGGGUAACAAGGACUUUGUCUUUGUGGACACCCCCAAGCCCAAGCCUGAUGCUUUUGCUCUUGCCGACGGUCACGAUUGCGGUGUCAAGGUUACCAACCGUCCCACCAUCAAGAAUGCCCCCAUUCCUGCCGACGGUCCCAGUUCCGACUCCUUCAACAAAACCCUCUUCUUGUCAUUGAUUAUCGGUGUCCCCAUGUACUUCACAUGGAGAUGGAGCGGUGGCAUCAAGACCCUCAUCUUCUUUGCCCUCAUCUUCGACCUUCCCAUCCUUGCUGGUUACUGGCUUGUCAUCUCCGCCAUCAGCCCUCGCAAGAAUGAAAAGGCCAAGUACGCCGGCCGCCCCGUUGAGUUCUACCUUGACUUCAAGAAGGAGUCUGACCGCGCCAAGUACCACGGUUCCAACAAGAUCCCCAUGGAGACUUUCCACGAGAUGUACUUUGACGGCGAUGUCGACUUCAAGGGUGACUGCCUUGACAUCCUUGAGUACCGUCACGACUGGGCUAGCUUCCGCUUCACAAUCGGUCUCAUCCGCUUCUUCCUCCUCGGUAUGAUUCCCGAGCUCAUCAUGCACAGCCGCUCUCAGGAUGAGGAGCAGGUCCGCGACCACUAUGACCGUGGUGAUGACUUCUACGGUUUCUUCCUCGGCCCCCGCAUGAUCUAUACUAGUGGUAUUAUCUCCGAUAUCACCAAGGAGGAGACCCUUGAGGAGCUCCAGGACAACAAGCUUGCCAUUGUCUGCGACAAGAUUCAGCUCAAGAAGGACGAGUCUCUUCUCGACAUUGGCUGCGGCUGGGGUACCCUUGCCCGCUUUGCUUCCGUCAACUACGGUGCCAACGCUACCGGUGUUACCCUCGGCCGCAACCAGACCGCCUGGGGCAACACUGCUCUGCGCAACGCCGGUAUCAAGGAGGAGCAGAGCAAGAUUCUCUGCAUGGACUACCGUGAUAUCCCCGUGCCCGCUGGUGGCUACAACAAGAUUACCUGCCUUGAGAUGGCAGAGCACGUCGGUGUCCGUCACUUGGGCGGCUUCUUCAGCCAGGUUUACAACAUGCUCGACGACGAUGGUGUCUUCUUCCUCCAGAUUGCCGGUCUCCGCCGCCCCUGGCAGUACGAGGAUCUCAUCUGGGGUCUCUUCAUGAACAAGUACAUUUUCCCUGGUGCUGACGCGUCUACCCCUCUCGGCUUUGUCGUCGACAGACUUGAGGGCGCUGGUUUCGAGAUCAAGGCUGUUGACACUAUUGGUGUUCACUACUCUGCCACUCUCUGGCGCUGGUACAGAAACUGGAUGGACAACAAGGACCUGGUCAACGAGAAGUAUGGCAAGCGCUGGUUCCGCAUCUGGGAAUACUUCCUGGCCUACUCCACCAUCAUCUCCCGCCAGGGCAGUGCUACUUGCUACCAGAUCACUCUCGUCAAGAACAUCAACUCUACUCACCGUGUUGAGGCCAUCCCCUCGCAGGCUGGCCUCAGCGGUGCUCUCGGCCACGCUGUCAAGGAGACCAAGGUUGACCUUGCCAGCUGGGCUGCCGCCAACAAUCUCACCAAGAGCACCGAGUUCACCGUUGCCAAAUAAGUGUGAUGUCGCGCCUGGCUGCCGGACCCCUAAUGUUGCGUGUAGCUAGACUUGGUCCGCGCCGGCGCACAACACCGUUCAACUAGACCAGAAAAAGAAAGCCCGAUACGAUAUAAUGGACGCAAACGAUUUUUGAAAAUUUUGAAAUUCAAACAAAAGAUGUGAAUCGAAAAGAAGAAAAACCAAAAACCAAAAAAAUUACGAAGAGAUUCGAGAGUGCAACGAAGAACAAAAACGACCAGUGUCGAUAUAUAGCAGAAUGGGAUCCUGUUUGGCGUCUUGUACAAAGUCAUGACUAGAUGGGACCAACGGCGUACUCGCGUGGCUAUUUAAUUCUAGCAACAAUUAAUAAUAUUCAUGUCUGUCC